GAAGGGGCAUAUUCAAACGGUUCAAAUCUUGUCCAGCAACACAAAGUGCCCUCCAGCCAAAUAUGUAUUGCGCAAAUAUAUCACAUAAUUCUGAUAAACUACGUCUUCUCAUUGCAUUAUCGAAAUAUGUUAGUGUUGUAAAUAACACCAAACCUCUGUGAUAUAAAUCGGAUGCACGUUCUCAGACAUGAAAACUAAAAGAAAACAUCCAUCAAGCUCAAAGUAUGAGAGAGGUAUGGCUGAGACACAAGUUUGUGGAACUAAUUUAAGUAACGAAGCACACAGAGAAAUUCUAACGGCUAUGUGGGACUUUGAACAGUGCGAUCCGAAGCGCUGCUCAGGCCGCAAAUUAGUUCGUUUGGGAAUCACAAAGUUGUUACGGCUGAACGAAAGCUUUGGAGGCAUUGUUCUUACACCUACUGCGACUUGUGUCUUAUCUCCUGACACUGAUCGCCAGUUGAUGUAUAGUGGUGGGAUUGCUGUAGUGGAUUGCUCUUGGGCUCAAUUGGAGCAGACUGGAUUCAAAAAGUUGAAAUUUCAUCAUGGACGUUUACUUCCACUUUUGAUUGCAUCUAAUCCAGUAAAAUACGGCAAACCGUUUCAAUUAUCAUGUGUUGAGGCUCUGGCUGCAAGUCUUUAUAUUCUUGGUGAACACAAUCAAGCAACUGAACUGUUAAAUAAGUUUUCUUGGGGUCAUCAAUUUUUAACAUUAAAUGACCAACGAUUACAAUCUUACGCGAAAUGUUCUACUAGUAAAGAAAUUCUCUGUUUUCAAGAACGUUUUCUGGAUGAAAUAACGCGUGUAGAUAGCUCAAAUACCGAAUCAUAUGCUGAUAUUUACGCUGAACUAGAUAAACAGAUUUCAGCUGAUUCUUCAAGUUCUAAGUGUUGUAGUUCAUCAGAGGAUUUCACGGAGCAAGCAACAAAAACCCAUUUACCAAAAAUAAUUCAAACGUACUGGUUGACACGUUCUACAGAAACAAUAGUCACAUAAUAUCGUCUGCUUACUCACCCCAGAACGUUGAAUAAAACAAGAACUCUGCACAAAAUACCCUGAGCACUCGGAGAGUUGGUAGAUGGAGCAUUGCUUGUGACACGGCUGCCGUCAAUCGUAAAAGAUCCAAUAGGCGUACCAAACAAAACACUAUCGCGGAAAAAACCCUAAGAACCUUUUUACUGGAUCUGAUGCUUUUCUGGCUUUAAAUUUUAAGGUUACGUCAAUAGCCUUUAUGAAUUCAUUUGAUGCUACUGACUGGCAUAGUGACAUUUGUCACUAUGUGAUAUCAUAAAAGUUGGAACUUUUCGGAUUGGUUUUCGUCUUGUUAUUACUAUUAUGUAUAUUUCUAUUGCAUAAUAAGUAAGUGGAUUACUAAAUCUAUAUAUUUCGCUUAUUUUACGCUUUCGUUUAAUCCAUUAACUAUUAGUGAGCUGUAUACUAUUCCUUUUUUAUUGCAAAUUGAUUAUUCGCAGACACUUUCGGCUCUUUUAUGUAUAAUUGUGAUUUUGCGUUUUAUGGUGCGAUGCAGUCCAGUAUUUUUAUAUGUAAAUCCACUUGCGUUUGAAAUAUAACAAUAAUGGAAACUGGUUGCUGACUUUUUGAACUCAAUACAGGGUGUAGAGAAAAGCUUGUGAGUAACGGAUUAAUAAAAGUUUAGCAGUGUUAGCUCGAGGUCAGCCGUGUUGGUCAGAUGUAUAAUUGAUUAAAUCUGAGACACUAGGAUAUAAAAUAAAUAACAGAAGUGGAAUAAACAAAAUUAGAACUUUGGUUCGUGAAUUUAACACGUGACAUUGGUUGGCAUCCCAAGACAUAAAACAAUUAGUACGAUAUCCGUCAAACGACAAGUUACGUUCUUCUGAUCUUAUGUGCAAAGGAAAUAAGAUUGUAAUGGACCAUCUAUGUUAUAUAUAUACAUAUUAUCAACGCCAAAUUUUAUUUUACACAAUCGUAUAAAUUAAAAUUAAAAUUAUACCAAGUAAUAAAAACCUUGAAAAAUCGAACACCAUUACGCUUGUAGAAGCGAUCCCAAUUUUUGCCACAUUCUUUGAAAAGUUUGGUUCGUUCAAAUGAACUAACCAAUGUAUCGAUUUGUUUAGUGAUGGCCUUGUUUAUUUUUUCACCUUCAAUCAUAGGGGGAUCAUGUUGGUCAGAAUUAUCAUCAGCUGUGAAUCGUAGAUCAAAGAGUGGAAGUUUUAUUUACGUAACAAAACAAAAUAAUGAUUUAGUUGAAAUAUAGAAAUGUUAAAAUUUUA